GUCUGGUUGGGCCAGCACCAAAUGUUGGUCGAGUUGAGAUCAAACACAAUGGACAUUGGGGAACUCUAUGCAGCAAUCACUUUGAUUCUCGUGAAGCGGAAGUAGUUUGUAGAAUGCUCGGAUUUGAUGAAGAUGGAUGGGCGUUGAGAGCGAACACAUUUGGGCCUGGCAAAGGACCGAUAUGGUUGGCGGAUCUAGAAUGUACAGGGCUCGAGAAUGAUUUAGAAGAGUGCGAAUCUUUUAAUUGGGCCGGUCAUCGAUGCAGACACGAUCAAGACGCAGUGGUGUGGUGUGCAAACAAAACGAGAUCGAAUGACACAGCGGUGCGUCUGGAGGGCGGGAAGUUUAAAUGGGAUGGGCGUUUAGAAGUACGGCAUAAAGGCGAGUGGGGCACUGUCUGUGACAAUCUGUUCGAUGAACUGGAUGCGGAUGUUGUGUGCAGGAAAAUGGGUUUCAAUUAUGGUGGAACCGUAUUGCGAAACGCAAUGUACGGCAAGGGAGACAUACGUGUAUGGUUAGAUGCGCUGGAGUGUAAAGGGGACGAGACAGACAUUUCCUUUUGUCCUUUUGAAGAAUGGGGAACCACAAACUGUUCUCAUGAUAAUGAUGUCGGUAUUUACUGUCGAACGUCUGCUAACAGGACACACUUAGCAGGCUUGUCAGAACGCGACAUCUUUCUAUCCUACUGUCGAAGAUUUGCUUGGGACGUACGGCUUUAUUUACCUCCCUUGAUUGACGAGUACCCGGAUUUUAAUGUAGACGAUAUUUACAUGGGAACCGAGAAAUGCAAGGGCUUUGUGGAUGGUCCUUAUUUGAAGUUUCAGCAUUCAUUUGGCACAUGUCAUACUGCAAUGAAUAUUACAAGUGGCAGUUAUAUUUACUACACCAACACAAUAAUUUAUGCCGCGAGUCAUCAAGAUUCACACGCAGGUCAUGGACCAGGGUCACGGGACGUCCGCCUGAGUUUGGAGGUCACCUGCAAAUGGGCACGAUCAUCCUCCGCUCUAGAAAAUUUUUUCCACAUUCAAAACCCUGACAAAAAUAACCCAUAUGAAUUACCGUCAACAAGCGCUCCAAUCUCCUGGAAUUCGGUAGAGAUUGAAUUGUAUACUGACCCUCACUUUCAUAACUUGAAACCAGUGUAUGGAUCGCGGCCCGGAGAUCUGAUUUACGUAAAGGCGUAUUCUCGAAUUGAAAAGCACGACGUCAAAAUGAAGAUAAAGCAAUGUUUUCUCACCACCCAUCCAAAAGAUCGAAAUGUCUAUUACAUAAUGAGAGACAGUUGCAUGCUUGAUCCAAAUGCUGCAAUAAUUUCGGAAAAGACACACGAAACAAAGUUUUAUUUUGAAGACAUGCAGUUUUCCAACAACCCAAGAUCCCUCUACAUCAUCUGCUCAUUUACAAUUUGCAAUGCACUUGAACAUAAUUCAACAUGUGACCAGUCAUGUGAUACUCAGAAACACGGAGGACAUCACCGGUCACGUACGAUAACUCUAGCAGCAGCACCACUAGAAGCCAAUGACGAAACAGAUAACAUUAUAUCGAAACCUAUCAGAGAAGAUGUCGGAGCCAGUCUUGAUGUAGCUUAUCCUGAUUUACCUCUGAAUCUACAGGAAGAUCUUCCGAACAAUUAAGCUGUACACAGACCAUUGACGCUGGAACUCAGUGAUAAAAAUACAGUUAAAUUUUCUUGAAAAACA